AUGGCUGACAGAAAUCAACCGCAGCCGGACCCACGGCAACACCCUCGACCUGCCUCCCAGUUGCAGUCCCACUUGUACAAUCAGUAUCGCGACCCUGAUCAGGAUCUCUUCUGGCCAGAGCCUGUUGACCAAGUGGCUCUCGAAGCCGCUGCUCAGAUCGAGCCCGAGUCGCAAUUUCAACCGAGCCCCUCGACGCCUCGACAAGAUGUGGUCAAGAGACGGCCCGUCAAGCCCAUAAUCUCCCACAGCCCACCUCCACCGAUCGACACAGGCAACAAACCCAUUCUCUCACCUAUCAUCCCAUCGCCACUGCGCAUCCGCCGACUCAAAGGACCCUCACCCCACCCGCCCCCUACUACGAUGCGAUCGGUGCGCCUUCUGAUCGCUUCACUGGGCAACCCGCCGCCAUACCACUCCACACGCCACUCCGUGGGGCACAUCGUCCUGAAACACGUCGCCAGUCAAUUGGGUCUCCCCUCACUUACGAAAUCGAAGCUCCUCGGUUCUGGUCUAGUCAGCUCCGGACUCGAUGUCGGCCUACCACAAUACACGCUCUGGCAGAGUGCAAGCAUGAUGAACAUCUCCGGUCAAGGGACUCUAAAAGCAUGGAAAGCAUUCACAAACUUGCAUCCUGCGUCGGAAGACGUGGUUACGGCGUUAGUCAUCCUUCAUGACGAACUCGAGUCCUCUCUCGGGGCGAUCAAAUUGCGCCGCGGCGAAUCGUCGCCCAAGGGUCAUAACGGGAUCAAAUCCGUACAAUCAUCCCUCAAGUCUGCUGGUUUGCUGUCCACCCUGGGAGAGAGGUUUAUCAAGAUCGGAGUCGGCAUUGGGAGACCUGUGUCCCGGGAGAAAGAUGAUGUUAGUGCCUGGGUUUUAGGGCAGUUGACGGCCGCGGAGAAGGCCAAGAUCGAGGGCACGACCGAAAGUUUGGCCGCCGUGCUGAAAAGUGAGAUUGUCAGGUUGGAGAGGUCAUAA